AUGACCUCGUUAAAAAAACUUUUCUUGAAAGCGACGGGAAUAUCAAAAAUCACUUAUGGAACAUUUUCUAAUCAGAAAGAAUUGGAAUUAUUAGAUAUUUCUGAUAAUAAGUUGGGAUUUAUUGACUUGCAGAUGUUUUCUGGAAUGAAGAAAUCCAAAACCAUCGACAUAGUUAGACUUGACAAUCCUUGGAGUUGCUCGUAUCUUGGGAAAAUUAUCGAAAGUAUGUCCGCUCAAGGUAUCAACGUCAAGGCUGUAAAUGUUGUGAAGAACUCUUCAAAUAUUUUUGGAGUCGGAUGUGAGUCAGAAGAUCAUAAAUCUAUACUAAAAUUAAAUUCUGAAGUCGAUGAUAAAGUUUCCACAAAGUUGAAUGAAUUGAUAGACGAAGUGAACAAAAUUAAAAUAAAUGUAAACAAUUUCAACGUGGACGUCGAUGUUCUAAGGUCAGAAAUGUUUAAUUUCAGAAAUUAA